AAAAGAAAAAAAAGAAAGAUAACAACAUAUUCAUCACACACACACCAGCCCAAUUAAAACUUUUAUUUAAACAGUACCUCUCUUUCUUUCUUUCUCAACCAUUCAAACAAAGAAAAAUGAGUCAACACAACAUCCUCGAAGCUCUUAACGUCCGGGUCGUGGGCACGGGCGAUCGGAUCCUAGUCCUAGCCCACGGGUUCGGCACAGACCAAUCCGCCUGGCAUCUAAUCCUCCCUUACUUCACUCAAACCUACAGAGUCGUCCUCUACGACCUCGUCUGCGCCGGCAGCGUUAACCCCGACUACUUCGACUUCAACCGCUACACGACCCUCGACCCCUACGUGGACGACCUCCUCAGCAUCAUCGACUCCCUCGGCAUCCAAACCUGCGCCUACGUGGGCCACUCCGUCUCCGCCAUGAUCGGAAUCAUCGCCUCCAUCCGCCGCCCGGAGCUUUUCACGAAACUCAUCCUCAUCGGAGCCUCGCCGAGGUUCCUCAACGACGAGGACUACCACGGCGGGUUCGAGGAAGGGGAGAUCGAGAAGGUUUUCUCGGCCAUGGAGGCUAACUACGAGGCCUGGGUUCAGGGAUACGCGCCGUUGGCGGUUGGAGCCGAUGUGCCCGAGGCGGUUAGAGAGUUUAGCCGGACGCUGUUCAACAUGCGUCCGGAUAUCUCUCUGUUCGUCUCCAGGACGGUGUUCAAUAGUGAUCUCAGAGGCGUUCUUGGGUUAGUGAGAGUGCCUUCUUGUGUGAUUCAGACGGCAAAGGAUGUUUCUGUUCCGGCUUCGGUGGCGGAGUAUCUCCGUGCUCAUCUCGGUGGGCAUACGACGGUGGAGACGCUGAAGACUGAAGGUCAUUUGCCGCAUCUUAGUGCUCCGGCGCAGUUAGCUCAGUUUCUCCGGCGUGCACUUCCUCGGUGACUUUAAUUUUUCAUUUUCUUUUAACAGAUAAAAAUAAUAAAUGGAGGAAUAUGGUUUUGUGGGGGUCCACGUGGACAACGGAGGGUCUCUAUUGGUGGAGGACAGUAUGGUAUUGUCAAAAUCUAGAGAUAAGAUUGUUCACUUGACACGUGUUGAACGCAUUAUUACUUCACUUUUUUGAGUGUUUUGAAUUUUGGUUUAGUUAGUUAAUCACGAGUUUAAAUAAAAUAAUACUGCUAAUUGUUA